AUGAAGCAGCUACUGGUGCAGCUCGGCCUUUGGCGACUGCCCACGGCUCAGAAUGGCCGGCCGUCGCACAUCAGCGCCAUCUUGCGCAGCGAGAACUUCGCACGCGUCGCGCCGCUACUUCGUCGGACAGCAGAGAACCUCGGCAGCUUCCAGCUACGGCGCGGGUCGCUGUCCUGGGAAAUUCGACACAAGAAGACGAUUGCGAUCGAGCCCGACUCGUUCUACCUGGCGUGCUGGAACGUCGUGCCGACGCUGGUCUACUUGCUCAACCUUGCCGAAGCCUUCUUUUUUGUCGACAUUGCCGUUCAAAUGCACACGGGCUUCUACCUCCUCGGCGACAUGGUGCGCAACCCGAAAAUGACGCGGCGCAAGUACCUUUGGUCGUGGAGCUUUCCGCUCGACCUCCUCACGCUAGUGCCGCUGUACACGAUCGCACCGCACGCUUCGUCGUGCGGGCUCUUGUACCUCAACAAACUCCUCCGUCUUCGACGCGUGAACGCAUAUACGCUCGACUUUGACAAGGUGUUUGCGCGCCACUUCAAAUUCUGCAAGAUCGUCAAGGUCGUCUUUGUCUCGUACGCCUUUUGCCAUAUUACCGCGUGCCUGUACGCGUCGUUUGGGUUCAAUACCGACAAAACCAACCCGUGGUUGCUCACGCUCCACCUUGCGCACGAAGACGUGGUGACGCAGUACUCUGCCGCGCUCUUCUGGUCGCUUGGUAUCGUCUCCAAGUGCCUCGAAGGUUUCGCACCUCGCACGCUGUGGCAGUCGGUCUACAUGGUCACUGUCAUGGUCAGCGGCUUCCUCCUCUUUGUCUACAUUUGCGGCACGCUCUUCAUGCUCUCCAAAUGCGACGCCGACACGGUCGAAAAGUUUGACGCGAAAAUCAACCAGCUCCGCUACGUCCUCUCGUUCCAUCACGUGCCCCAUGAAAUCCAAGAGCGGGCAGUCGAGUUCCUGGAGAACGGCUUCAAGAGCGGCGAAAGCAACGACAAGAGCAACAUGAAGCUCCUCUGUCCGUCAAUUGCCAAAGAUGUGAAAUUCUCGCUUCUCAAGGGUAUGGUGGCCGGCGUGCCAUUCUUUCGCUGCUGCAACGCGGCGUUCGUACGCGCGCUCGUCGACCUCAUGGACACGCAUUCGCUACCGACCAACUUUGUCGUGUGCCAAAAAGGCGACCAAGGCGAAGACAUGUACUUUGUACAGGCCGGUGUCCUCGCAGUGAGCAUCAACGACGUCAAGGUGCGCGAGCUACGCAAAGGCGGCUUCUUUGGCGAACUCUCGCUCUUCACCAACCAAGUGCGCACUGCCAACGUGACCACCGCGACGUUUUGUAUUUUGCACAUUUUGUCGCGAAGUCAUGUCCAUCGCGUUCUGCGGGCGUAUCCGGAAUUCGAGGGUCAAAUUCUCGACUGCGUCGGGAAACUUUUGCAGGAAAUGGACCUCCACAACAGCGAAGUGAUUCGGCGAAAAGGUUCGCUCCUGGACGGCAACGACACGUUCGAACGCGCAAAAGCCUAUGGCAACUACGUGCACCAGCAGGAAGGGCCUGAUGACAAGAGCCGCUUUGUGGACAUCGUGCCACCGUCCGGGAAGCCGGCGAGUACCGGCCAUCCGUCGCGGGCGUCGAGUCGUCCAAAAAGCAACCAGGUCUCGUCCAAGGUGACUGAAUCGCGCACGUCCACGACGAUGACGUUUACUCGGCCUCUCUUUGCCGUACCGCGCUGGCACAAAUUGCUCUUGAAGCACGCGUUGGAUCGCAAGGCGCGCUAUCGUCUCGCGUGGCUACUCGCCGUUAUGGGUGCGACGCUUUACAAUCUCUUUAUGGUGCCGUUUGUCAACACCUUUGUCAUCAUGGGCUACCCAACGUGGAUGCAAGGGUGCAAUUUGGUCGCGGACAUCAUCUUGUGGCUCGACAUUUACGGCAAACUCAACUUGUCCUAUGUCGUCGAGGCCGAGUCGAUCUUUGACACGGUCAAGUGCGCCACGCACUACAUUCGCACGUCGUUUUGGCGGGACGUCGUGUGUGCCUUCCCGCUCUGGAUUCUGUACCCGCCAUGGCACCUGGUCUGGCGCGUCACGCGUCUGAUUCGGGUCUUGCAUCUCGCGGACGAGCUCGAAGAGGUGGCCCUUUUCGUGCGCAUUGCAAGCAAAAGACGCAUUCUCGUUCUCGGCGUCUUGCUCUUCUUCUGCUACCACCUCGGGGGGUGCGCGGCACAAGCGUACACGUUCAUUGCGGGCUACGGCCACCUCCAAAACGGAUGGCUUCCGCCCAUGGAGCUCAACCUGCACCUCAACCACGACGCGACGGGCUACGUCGAUCACGACAACGUCACGUAUGCGCUCGAUGACCCGCACGUCAGUCAUGUCAAGCUCAUCGUGUAUCUGCGUGCGCUGUAUUAUGGUGCCGUGUGCAUCACGAAUCUCGGGCUGCCCUUUGAGCCCGAGAUCUUUGGCGAGUACAUUUUGGCCAGCGUCCUCAUGCUCAUUGGCAUGCUCUUGAUUUCCAUCAUCAUUGACGAAGUCCAGAAGCGCGUGACGGCGUCGGCCGUUGAGCAAAUGGAAUUUCUCGCGACCCGGUCGCGUAUCCAGCUCUUUUUGCAAAAACAAAAAGCGCCCACGGGCCUGCACCGCCGCGUGUCGGCGUUCCUCGACUUUUGGUGGAGCGCCCAUCGAGGCGCCAACAUCAACGAGCUUGUCGCGGAGCUGCCCAACAAUAUCAAGCGCGAGAUCCUCUCGUUCAUCUGCGCAUCCGCUGUCGACACGAUUGCACGCAUGGAGCAUGUUAGCGACUGCUUCCCGCAACUUGCCGCUAUCUUUCUGGACAACUUGACCAUCCACUUGCACGGCCAGGGCGAAAUGGUGUACCGCUGCGGCGACUACGCCGACGCUGCCUACGUCCUUCUCGAGGGCCACGUGGCGAUUCUGACACCGUCACUCGACGACGCACCGCGCGAGCUCAAGUCGGGCGAUUUUUUCGGUCUCUCUAGUCUGGAUCUCGAACGAGACAACAUUGUCCACGCGGACCAAGCGAAAGCCAUGACGACGUGUGUCGUUGCACUCGUGACGCGCCAGACACUCCUGUCGCUUCAAGAAACAUUUCCGACAUUUGCGGCCAACGUCUUGGCCCGAAGUGCCAAAGCCCACGGCCGCAACAAACCGGGGCUUAUCGAGAGGACGCCGUCUGGUCUUUCGUCGUCCAAGGAGCCUACGAGCACCGUCUCCAAGCCGUGGAUGCUGAAUCCCGACUCGAACUUCUCCAUCUUUUGGGAAACACUCCUCUUCUUUGGCAUGGUCUACGAGUGCAUUGGCGUGCCCUUUUACAUGGCAUUUGGUUUUGCGGACGAGUCGGUCCGCGUGUCCGAUUCAAUCUCAAUUGUGCUCGAGCUCUGUUUUCUGGCCGACAUUUUUCUCAAAACGCGGACCGGGUUUUCUGACUAUGGCAACAAGAUCAUGGACCCGGUCAAAGUGCGCAAGCGCUACCUGCGCUCGAUGAGCUUUGUCAUUGACAUCCUCGCCGUGAUCCCGCUCAAUUUAGCCAAUCUCUGGACGGGAAGUCCGCGGUCCGAGGCAUGGAAUGUCAACAAACUCCUCCGGCUCUUUAAACUCUCGGCCCAAAUCCAACAUUUGGAGCGGCAGUACUACACGAUCAACAUCCAGAUCCGCAUCUUCAAGCUCGUCUUCUACAUCUACUUGCUCGCGCACUUUAUCGGAUGCACGUGGUACAACUUUGGCAACAACGCGUCAACGCUGCUGGGGUUCACCACCACCAAGCAGUUUGGGAAGGACGCGUGGCUCCCCAAUGUCGACAUGGACCCGUCCAACCCCAAUAUGACGCUCCUUCUCAAGUACACCAAGGCGCACUACUGGGGCCUCGGCAUGCUCACGGGCUACCAUCCUGGCAUGUACCCCGUGACUGCGAUCGAAUACGCCUUUACGAUGUUUGUCCAAACGCUCGGUGUCUUCUUGCUCGCCUACGUAGUGGGCAACUUGCUGGACAUUGUCCAAAUCCUCGAUGGGAACAACCGGGCGUUCUACAGCAACCUCAACUACGUCCGCAAGUUUAUCAAGUACUUCUCGUUUUCGCCCGAGAUGGAGCUCAAGAUUGCGCACUUUUACUUUUACCGGCUCUUUCACUCGAUCCACGAAGAACACAUUUUGGCGAAAUGCCUUCCGCCGUCGCUCGUCGCCGACAUCCGGGUUUUCUUAUUGACGCCGAUGCUCAACAAGGUGCCCUUCUUUCAAGACGAACACGCCGACUCGAACGUGACGCGCGUGCUUGUGAGCCAAAUGACGCAGCUGCUCGUGACGCGGGGUGAGCUCGUGUGCCGCCAAGGCGAAGUCGGCGUCGAGAUGUACUUUGUCUUCUCGGGGUGCCUCGAUGUGUUUAUGAUGCUUGAUGGCCUUGUGCCUGUGUGCAGCAUCAAGGACAACCUGGUCAGCAAAGGCACCAAGGUCAACGAGAUCCAUGCCGGCGCCUUCUUUGGCGAAAAGUCCCUUUUCUGCUACAUGCCGCGCAAUGCGACGAUUGAAGCGAGGACGUUUUGUACGCUCUACAAGCUCUCGCGAAAGCAUUUGGAGUCAGUGUUUGCGCAGCACCCCAAGUGGAAAGCCAAGGUCAUGCUCAUUGUGAAUGAAAUCUACGCCGAGCAAGAGCUCAAAAUGCGCGAGGACCAGGCCAGGGCCGAAGCCAAAGUGGCAACGACGCCCCACGUGCUUCAGCGACCAAUCGCCACGUCCAAGUCGAUGCUGCUCUUGCGUGCGUCAAAAGAUGAGAUCAUCAGAACGGUCUCGCGGUCGCAGCAACUGCUGAAAAAGCUCGUGCACAUCGAAGUCCAGUCAUCCAUGUACAUCCGGUACUUGACCGUGCUCUGCAUCUCGCUCUUGUACAUCGCUUUGAGCAUCCCGUACGCGCUCACAUUUGGCAACGAAGGCCUCUCGACUGGCAUCUUUGUCGUCUACAUGAUACUCAACGUGUUCACGGACGGGGUGUUUGUGUACGACAUUUGGUUCAAGCAGCACAUUAUCGAGACAGUCUCGUCACGCGAGUUUAGUGAAGAGACAAGAGAGCACAAGACGACGCAGUGGCUCGAUGUCCUCGCAAUCCUUCCGCUGGACUAUAUCGUGGGGCCGUUCUUCAAGUUUUCUGCCCUCUUUCGGCUCAACCGCUUUCUCAAGUUGCGGCAACUUACGCACACGAUCGACGAAGUGCAGCGUUUCAGCAUGUCAUACGAGAUGAACCGACUCAAGCUCCUUGGACUCUACUACUUCAUGUGCAGCUACUGGUUGGCGUGCGCGUACUUUGGCACGACGUUCAUCGAUGGAUUCGGGCCAGCUUGGAGCUCAUCAUUGCCCGUGGCCUAUUUUGCGAUUGAUCCCGAUGCGACAAGUGAGAAAGUCUUUUUCCGUCUCUUCCGAUGCCUCUACUUUGCAAUGACGUUAAACACGGGCACUGGUCUCGUGAACGAGCCGAAAGAUCAGAUGCUCCAGUUCACGUUCCUCUUCAUCAUGGCAGUGUUUGGCAUCUUCAUCAUGGGCUACGUCAUUGGCGAGGCGUCCACUUUGUGCAUCUACCUCAUCCAGAACGAAGUCGAGUUCAAGAUCAACCAGAUGAACGUCAUGGAGUUUCUUGCGCGGAAGCGUAUCACCCGGUCGAUCGAAAACCGAGUCCACGUCUUUCUCUCGUACUGGUGGUCGUCGCAGAGCGGUGUCAUGUACCAAAGCAUUUUGGAGCAGCUCCCGCCCCGAAUCCGGUCACAAGCUAACAUUCAGAUCGGCCACAUGGCUAUCGACCGCUUCUCGACGCGGUAUUUGCGACCGCUUUGCGGCGACAACAACAGCAUCGAGGCGCUUGUGUACAGCAUGGCCCACCGGCUAGUCUUUGAGGGGUACCCCCCCGGCGAAUCGGUCAUCGUCCAAGGCAACAUUGGCCAAACCAUGUACUUUGUCGCCAAGGGCAACCUCAUUUCAGCAUCGACGACACCCAAUUUCGCUCCGAUACGCUACGUGGACGGUCAGUUUUUUGGCGAUGAAGGCUUCAUGUCGGCCAGCUUUUGCACCUAUUCCGUCGUGACGCUGCGCGCCUGUGAUCUCUUCGCGCUCUCAGCGACCGACUUUACCGCUGCCUUGCAAGAGUCCCCGUGGUUUGCGGAAAGUGCCGCCAUUGCGCGCAUGGUGGUCGCGGCGCUGGCAGAGCCCGAUGCCUACCCGUCGACUCCUCCCACGACCGACUUGGCGGAGCUGAUUUACUACUUGAUUCGUGGCCGCGACGAUGUUCAGUACUACAGCACUCUCUCGGUGCUCGAGUGCGGCGCUGCGUUCACGCCAUUUCUCGCACUCUUUGAAGACCAAGGCGACGGCGCGCCGGCCAAGUCUUUGUGGCAACGCACAACACGCUCCACUUGUGUCAGCAGUGCGAAGACCAUGCGGCAACGCUCUACUGCAAAUUCUGCCUCCAGAACCUCUGCAGCCAGUGCACGCGGGUGAUCCACGAAAACACCCACUACGCGUUUCAUAUGGACUCGAUCGCGCGCCUUCAGCCGCCGCAGACCAAGGCCCUCAACAAAGUGGCCAAUACCGUCGCGAUCUGCGCCAAGAAGCUCCGGUCGUUUUCUCUCGCGGUACGUACGGCGCCCGAACCCGAUGUGCCUUCGGACCAGUUUCCCUCUGCCGACGAGCUGAAACCGAGCUCGAACAAGUGUGCGAGCGCGCCAGUGAUGAACGUCACGCAAGCAAUGCUCGAACAGUCGGCCGAAGAAGGCGGCAAAAAGCUAGAGGAUGCUCGGGCCGAGAAGCGCGCGCGCACGUCCUUGCAGCGGCUUCAAGUGCGCUUGAGCCAAUUGCAAGCUCAUAGCGGUUUGAACCCACCGACGCCAUACAACAACCUGUCGCUGGGGCCGUCUGUUCACAGCACAACAACGUUUGCCACCCUUCAAGAAGCUGCUCGCAUAGAAACAAAGAAACAAAUGGCAAACGAGAUCCAAGGCUCCCAAACCGACGACGAUACGGCGGCCGCUCCCAGUCGUAUCGCGCCUUCCAACGAGACGACGUUGCCACAAAAUGCACCCGGCGAUACAUAAUACCUUUUACACGUUUUCCUUUAGUAUGUAUAUAUACA